AUGUUGUCCCGUGUUGACCAUGUCGGUCACAUGACGGAGGACAGCUUAGCAGCGAAUAAUCGGGAUCGCGUCGAGGAUCUAUUCGCACAAAUCUAUAGUUAUGGCUCCAAGACAAUCGUCAUACAGCUGCCGAUCUCUCUGCAGGCGAUCUGGCUUGUGAUCGCAACAGCAGUCUCUAUCAUCCUGCCGUCGGCUGAAGAGGCCAUGCUCUGCUACUACGCUUCGCUCCAGCGUCGAAAUGAGAGGUUUUCGAAAAAUUGCGACAAUUUGGACCUGGAGAUGGAAGACAACAACGAGCUAGUGUAA